UAGCCUUGAGCAGCCAUGAGUCCUCCGAGGCCGGGGGGAGGCGGCGAAGGCUACGUCUUGCUGCGCAGCGACAUCGUGUUCAAAACGCUGCAACGGAAAGACUCGGUGCUGUUCGACAAGCUGGUGCGACAUGGGUCGCUCACGGACUUCGUGCUGCCCGACUCCGACGACGGCAUGACCCUGUUGCAUCUCGUCGUCAGCGUGGACGAGUUCUCGGCCGAGUUCCUCGACAAGCUUCUCGACAGCGGGGCAGACCCGAACGCGGCGAGCGCGGACGGUGUAACAGCCCUGCACAUCGCCGCUGCCUCGGGAAACGAAGAAGCGCUACGACGACUCCUCGGGCGAGGCGGUGACCCCUGGCGUCGCGACCCCACGGGCAACGACGUGUUUGACAUCCUCGUCGCGAACGAACACUGGGACUGUCUCAGGCAAGUGAGGCAGGUGCUCGGGCUACCCGUCGAAGACCGUCGCGACACCGAGGAGGCGGCUAGGCGGGUAAACGGCGAGUCGCCGCAUCCCGCUGUAGACUUGAACGACGCUUCCGUUGUUUCGGACGUCGUCGCGGACGUUUCGCCGUGUGUCUCAACCGCGUCAGACGUAAGCACCGAAACAGAGUCUCUUCUGAACACGGCCUUCGUGUUCCCGCACCCUUACCUAUCGCCCGUCUACGUGGACGACGAGAGACCUCGGCUUAGAAGGCGUGAGCGAGGAACCGCAGCGGACGAUUGUGACGCCGCCCACAGGGACAAGUCUGCGUGGCCGGCAACGUCUGAGUCUUCAUUCGAAGACGGCAGCAGGAGCUACAACGGCGACGGCGAAGUCGCCAACCCGACCGACGAUUCCUCGUGGGCGUCGUCCAACUUGUCGCAGGAGCUGUUGCGACUGAGCGACGAGGAACUUCGAGAGCAGCUCGCCGCCUGCUGCGGUCACGACGUCGGACCGGUUCUCGACUCGAACCGCAACGUCCACCGGCACGCGCUCGCCCACUACAGGCUGGGACCCCGAGCGCGAGUCCGGCUCGCCUCGCCCGACGCGUCCUACGGACCAGCUUCCAACGGCAACGACAGGGCAGGUCUAGCGCGAACGUGCGACUUCUGCGAGGUCGUCCACAGGGACCCGGACACCGGGUUCGUUCUCAAGGAAGAGCACUACCACUCGUCCUCGGAUGCCGACUCGAGCGGCACCACGGGAGCGAGCAGCAGCGGCCCUGAGAACGACACCGUAGUCGUGCCUCCAGAAGUGGCGUGCCUCACGAACGAACAGGUCUUCGCAAAGCUCAGAAGUCUUGGCGACGCGCCGGGACCCGUGACGGACGGUACGCGAGCGGUGUACUUGAAUCGGCUCACCAGACUGACGUCGGGCCUCGCGACGCUCCACAAGUCCCGCGACGUCGUGCCCCCGGACAUCCACACGCUGGUGCUGAACGCGGCAAACCUGGACGCCUACGCGGAGCUGGAGAUCGCCAUGAUGAGCGACUUCGACGCACCCCGACCCAACAGCUACUGGAGGGAGGGCAACGCGAAGGGCUCCUUCACGUACCUCCUCCUGGACACCAGGGUCACCCGAAACCUGCCCCUGAGGGCCCACGGCUUGACCCUGGCGGAGCGCAUGGCAGACUUCCUCAAGGCGGUCUUCUACGUUGGCAAGGGCAAGCGGUCCAGGCCGUUCAGCCACCUCUAUGAGGCCCUGCUUGUCCGGAAGGGCAUGGACAAGUCAUCGCAGAAGAAAGAGGUUGAGAAGACCCGAAAGAUCCUGCAGAUCUGGGACUCGAGGAACGGCGUAGUCUCCCUGCACGUCUUCCAGAACACUCUGGCCGUCGAGGCGUACACGAGGGAGGCGUGCAUGAUCGACGCGAUCGGCCUGCGCCGGCUGACGAACCAGAAGAAAGGAGACGUGUACGGCGUCAUCCGGUCAUGGCCAGAGAAGAAGCGACGGAAGCUAGGGGCAUACCUCGUGUACAAGGCGCUGAACAUAUUUCUCAGCGAAGGUGAAAGACACCUGGGACCGCUGGACUUGUGACGUGUGUACUUCGGCAGUAUGCCGGAUAGUUCAGGCACAGGCUUCAGUGCCACUGCGAGAACACCAGUGCUUUUUGUUAAAUUCUCAUGCAACUUGAAAACCCGGGCUCAGUUUCAACUUUGGAAUGUGUGCAGAACAGUUUCGACCAAGCUUUUGUCAUGACGUUGUUUUAGUUGUUUUUUUUUCUUAUUGCUUUUAUACCAUAUCCAUGCAUAGCUGCAGAGAAAGUUUUAUUCUUACAAGCUUUUAAAAAAUUUUAUAGACUCUGUACAUUUCGGCUCCCCCUUCCACGCAACUUCGAGAGAGCUUCAUCAUACCGUCCAUUGUGUACUUCUUGUGUCACUUUUGUUGGAUUUUUGAAACCGACAAUACACACACUGUGAUGUAAUCUUUUCAUUGCUCUUCCUGCAUUCACUGGUCGUGUCUUUUUUUUUUCUUUUAGUCUUUUACCGUGGACACCAUGCACAACUAACAGCAAAACUUUUAUGUGCAAUUUCUUUUAACCUCUAACUCGGCAGAUAAACAUCCCGAUCAAAUUGGCUGCUAGUCGCAUGUAUCGUCUUUAGAGAGCUGCUAUGAGUGUUAUGCGUUGUAUUAUUUCACUUUUAUUUAACGACUUGGACACAAAGUUUGUGCUUUGUAUGGUGAUUAUAUUAAAGCAUUCCGUUUUACAUGUUAUGAGUUUGUUGUAUUCUUAAUGUGAGCUGCUGCUGUGCCCUUAACAUGCAGUAAAU